AUGCAAGUCAUCCUCGUCAUUACUCCGGCGCUUUUCGCUGCAAUCGAUUUCGCCAUAUUAGGCAGGCUCUCAACCAUCUUUCCAGCACGCUACUCGCUUGUCAACCCAAAAUGGAUCGUACCUUUCUUUGUUGUUCUCGACGUUUCGUCGAUUGCCAUCCAGGGUGGCGGUUCCGGUGUUGCUGCUGGCGCCCAGUCGGAACGCGGGGACACAACUACGGGAGGCAACAUUGUCGUCGUCGGCCUUGCACUUCAGCUUGUUGGAUACAUCCUGUUCAACCUGUUGCUUCUCGUUUUUGUGCGACGUUGUUGCAAGGAUCCUCCCUCGCCGGACCUGUGGAACAAGCGCACAAAAGCCUUUAUUGCCGCCACCGCUCUUUCCAGCGCGUUCAUCUUUGUUCGAAGUCUCUUUCGUCUGAUCGAGAUGUGCGUGGGCUGGGAAGGCAUCAUCGCGCGAACCGAAUGGACAUUCUUUACUUUCGACGCUGCCAUGGUCACCAGCGCCGUCUACAUCUUGAACUUGUACAAUCCUGCUGCCUACUUGCCCAGCAACUUUUCGUGGAAGAGAAGCCGAAGCAAUCCGCACGACUUCAGUAAAGAUUUGAACCUGUCAGACAAGCCCCAUCCUCUUCCUUCCCCCAGCCAAUCCUCGGCAAACUCCCUGGAGGCUGGCCAAGAGUCGACUCCCGGGGCUUUUUAG